AUGAAGUAUCGCACUUUGAUUCACACCAUUCGAGAGCUGCAGGGUGUUGAGGGUCUAUUGGGCAGAGCUCCUCCAUCCAACCCCCCAGCUAUAAGUCCCCUAACCUUGAGGAAGUGUCUAGUGCGUGAGACUAGAAGCCCACUAGAGCUUGUCUCUGUCACUCUGGGACAGGAGUAUCAGAACACCAGCUCGCCCACUCCCCUGCUCAGGCAGACAACCAAGUCAGCUUCUAGGUCUCUCUGGAGACCACAGCAAACGGGUUCCUCAUUCAACACAUCAGGGCUGGGCAUACAGCAACUCAUCAAAGCAGGGAGGGAAGGGGUGUACUACAAGGCUAAGAUGAUGCGUGGCACCUGCAAGGGCCACUCCAUUGUCACCUGCAAGAUGACCAAAGAGGGGGUUACCCACAGGAGGGUAGCCAGAGAGGUGAACAUCAUGAGGAAGCUGGGUACCCACAAGAAUGUGCUGCAGCUGCUAGACUGGAACAUCACACAGGCUCCUUACAUGCUGAUCCUGGAGUCGGUGAGCAGUGGGACCCUGCGCAGUUUCCUGCAAGUGAAUCAACAUCAACUGAGCAGGGACAGUGAACUGCAAAAGCACUUCACCACAGCAGCAUAUCACAUUGCCCAUGCAAUGAGACACCUGCGCUCUAAAAUGGUGGUGCACUGUGACAUAGCCCUGAGGAACAUCAUGGUUAACCAUUUCCCCAGAGAGGUGAAGCUGGCAGAGUUUGGACUGGCCCAAGACCUGACUCUUAUGAGGAGCCGUCGCAGCAGCCACAAAGGAGACCACAUGCAAAAUGUGCCCCUGCGUUGGUAUCCCCCAGAGUACUUCAGAAACAACUACUACAGCUUCAAAGGGGAUGUCUGGGCAUUUGGCAUUGUGCUGUGGGAGAUGCAAACAUUUGGGACCUUACCAUAUCCCAACCUGGAGACUUCAGAGUUGGUGGUGCGCUACAUCUGCUCUGGACACAGGAAUUCAGAACCAGAGACAUGUAGGCCAGAGAUACUGCAGAUGAUGAGGGACUGCUGGCUGGAGCCCUACACCCAAAGGCCCUCCUUCAACGACAUAGUCAGUGUCCUGGAGAACAUCCUGGAGGAUGAUGCAGAUUACAUCAAAGUGAACAACGGACUAGCCAAUGUUGGAUAUGGUGACCAAGAUCAAAUCUGCCUUACUCUCCUUCAUGACGACUGA